AUGGUCCGCAUAAUCCCCAGCCGACUCAAGUCGGCAUCCUCGCUCUCAAACGUCAAUUCUGCCGCCAAUAGUCGAAGCGUCAGUCCAAUGCGGAACAAGGGCGACUCAGCAAGCCCCGAGGGGCGACGGGAGACGGGCUUGAUACUGAACAUUGUCAUCAUGAGGGCUCGGAAUCUGGCUGCAAAGGACAGAAAUGGAACCUCUGAUCCCUACCUUGUCUUGUCCUGCGGCGACGCCAAGCAUGUCACCCACUCGGUCUCCAAGACGCUGAAUCCGGAAUGGAACGAGCAAUGCGAAUUCCCCAUCAACGGCGUCCAGAACCUGCUUCUUGAUGUGUGCGCCUGGGACAAAGACCGUUUUGGCAAGGAUUACAUGGGCGAGUUCGAUCUUGCACUUGAGGAGAUCUUUGCAAACGAGAGGGUGGAACAGUCUCCCAUGUGGUUCCCCCUUAAGAGCAAGCGCCCUGGCAAGAAGACGAGUGUGGUCUCGGGCGAGGUGCUGCUGCAGUUCACUAUUUUUGAUUCUUCCAACCGCGAGGCUGCCCACCGCGAAAUCUACGAGAAGCUCUCCGUCAUCAUCAAGUCAGCCUCGGACACGGAACCGUCCUCCAAGAACCCCACGCCCACCCUGACUCCUAUCCUGGCACCUGUCAAGGGCCCUAAGCGCGUCGGAAUCUCCCCAACGCCACCACUCAACAGGCGACAGGCGGAAUCCAACGACGACGACGACGAUUACGAUGUUUACGACGACGAGACCCCCGACGAGCCCGAGGAAGCCGAGGACCCGAACCAGCCUGAUACGAUCGAGAAGAGGAAACGGAGGCUCCGGAUCAAGGGGCUCAAGCGCAAGAAGCGUGACCACCUCUACGAAUUCAACAACGGCAGCAGUGACGUUGUCGGAAUCAUCUUCCUCGAGAUCCGUAGCAUCACGGACCUGCCACCCGAGUCCAACUUUACAAAGACGAGCUUUGACAUGGAUCCCUUCGUCGUCGCCUCGCUGGGCAAGAAGACAUACCGCACCCGCACUAUCCGCCACAACCUGAACCCGACCUUCAACGAGAAGAUGAUCUUCCAGGUCCUCGGGCACGAGCAGCAGUACUCGUUUUCCUUUACCGUCAUCGACCGUGACAAGUACUCGAACAACGACUUCAUCGCCUCGACGACGCUGCCUAUCAAGGAGAUCAUCGACAAGGCCCCCAAGGCACACCCGGAGACGGGCCUGUACGACCUUCAGGACCCCCCAGAGUUCACAACGCCCGAGAAGCGCUCUCGAUUUGCAAGACUGGGAAUAUCCCGGUCCGCUUCGGCCUCGUCGCUGUCCAAGUUUGGCCGGCCAUCCUUGAGCAAGAAUCCGUCGGCAACUUCGGGUGUGACCCUGGCGGCGGCCGUCGCCGCUGCGCCGGUGGCUGCGGCGAUUCCGGCGUCGAACCCGUCGCAGGCGGGUGUGGAUAGCUCAAACAAGCUUUCUCCUGGUCUGUUUGGGCCUUCGGACCCUGUCGGAGCUGCUGCAGCGCCCGGCUCCGACCUCAAUCCCGACAGCAGCGACGAUGCUUUCUUUACGGCGGUUGACCUGCCGCUCAAGAUGAAGAAUCUCGAGAAGUGGGAGGACAAGCACAAUCCGGUCCUGUACAUUCGUGCCAAGUACAUGCCGUACCCGGCCCUCCGGCAACAGUUUUGGCGGGCGAUGCUGAAGCAGUACGACGCCGAUGAGAGCGGUGAGAUCAGCAAGGUCGAGCUCACGACCAUGCUGGACACGCUCGGCUCCACUCUGAAGGAGUCCACCAUCGACAGCUUCUUCCAGCGCUUCCCUCACAAGGCCACCAACAACGAAGGAGAGGAGGAGUGGGACCUCAGCAUGGACGAGGCUGUUCUCUGUCUCGAGGACCAACUAGAAGCGGCCAGGUCCAAGCCCGCCCACGCCACAAUCGCCGAUAAGCUCAAGAACGCGCUCCCCGAUGCCGAAAAGGUCAAGGGUCUGCUUUCUAUCCCUGGAAAGGGCGCCGAGGACUCGACCGCUGGUAGCAGCUCACUGUCUGCCGACAGCACGGCGAGUGUGACGGUCGCUUCCAAGUCGGCCGAUGCCUCAAAGGCGACUGAAGACAGCACUCUCAGCAUCCCGGAGCUAAGCGAGCCCGGGAUGGAGGGUGACGUGCUGGAGCGUGGAGAUGAUCUGGGCGACAACGACCGUGGAGAGGAGCACGUGGUGAUGAUCCGCGAAUGCCCCAUCUGCCACCAACCGAGGCUGGACAAGCGCAAGGACACCGACAUCAUAACGCAUAUGGCGACGUGCGCAAGCCAGGACUGGAGACAGGUCAACAACCUCAUGAUGGGCGGGUUCGUGACUGCGAGCCAGGCACAGCGCAAGUGGUACUCCAAGGUGAUCACCAAGAUCUCGUAUGGCGGGUAUAAGCUUGGGGCGAACUCUGCAAACAUCCUGGUCCAGGACCGCAUCACGGGUCAGAUCAAUGAGGAGAAGAUGAGCGUGUACGUGCGCCUGGGCAUCCGGCUGCUGUACAAGGGGCUCAAGUCCAACAGCAUGGAGAACAGGCGGAUCCGGAAGCUUCUCAAGAGCCUGAGCAUCAAGCAGGGCAAGAAGUUUGACGAUCCGGCCUCCAAGGCCGAGAUACCCAAGUUCAUUGAGUUCCACAAGCUCGACAUGUCCGAGGUGCUGCUGCCGCUUGAAGAGUUCAAGAGCUUCAAUGAAUUCUUCUACCGGGCGCUCAAGCCCGACGCGCGGCCAUGCUCGGCGCCCAACAACCCGCGCAUCAUCGUGUCGCCGGCCGACUGCCGGUCUGUUGUCUUCAACCGGAUCGACCAGGCGACCAAGGUGUGGGUCAAGGGACGUGACUUCUCGGUCAAGCGCCUGCUCGGGGACGCGUACCCGGAGGACGCCAAGCGCUACGAGAACGGCGGCGCGCUGGGCAUCUUCCGGUUGGCGCCUCAGGACUACCAUCGGUUCCACAUGCCCGUGGACGGUGUGAUGCUGAAGCCCAAGGUGAUCGCGGGCGAGUACUACACGGUGAAUCCCAUGGCUAUCCGGUCGGCGCUCGACGUGUACGGCGAGAACGUGCGUGUGGUGGUGCCCAUCGACAGCCCUGAGCACGGCCGCGUCAUGGUCAUCUGCGUCGGGGCCAUGAUGGUGGGCAGCACCGUCAUCACGCGCCAGGAGGGUGAGCAGGUCAAGAGGGCCGAAGAGCUGGGGUACUUCAAGUUUGGUGGCAGCACCAUUGUGCUGCUGUUUGAAGAGGGCAGGAUGAAGUUUGACGACGACCUGACCGACAACUCCAUCGGCGCGCUUGAGACGCUGGUCCGUGUUGGUAUGUCCGUCGGGCACUCGAUCAACGAGGAGCAGUGGACUCCGGAUAUGCGCAAGGACGAGACGCAGAUCACGGAGGAGGAGAAGCAGCAGGCCAAACGUCGAAUCCAGGGCAGCGACUUCAACGACGUGUCGCCCGAAGACAGCGGCGGCGACGACAUCACGCCGCCCGCCUCGGUCCUGGCCGCUGCGGGGGCUUCGUGA